CGUCCGUCUGGGCGGGGCGUCCCGGCCGCGGCGACAAUGAAGUGGCUGGUGUUGUCCUUGCUGGCUGUCACCGGCUCCCUGAAACACCGUUCGACGCGCCAUGGGAUCCAUGGGAUCGUGGAGAUGCUGAAAGGCAUGGCUCAACAGUCAGAGGCUGACGGGAAGGCAGAAACUGAAACCUUUGACAAGUUCCAGUGUGACUCUACGAAAACAAUUUCCGAGAAGGGCAAAGCGAUUUCGGAGCUGAAGGAACUCAUGGCUUCCACCGAGAAUCGCAUGGAGAAGCUGACGGCGUUGACUUCGGAGCUGAGCUCCAAGAAGAGUCAGCUGACUGAAGACCUGGAGGAGAAGAAGGGCAUUGAGGCCGAAUCCAUUGCGGCCCGCGAGAACGAAGAGAAGACCUUCAAAAAGCGGCUUGGGCGCGGAUGGGAGCGUGAAUUCUUGACGCUGCUGAUGCAAAGACCUGUGAUGGAGGAGGGAAGCCCAAGAUCUUACGAUCUCAGUAAGAUCCUGGUGGAAAUCGACAACUUUGAUCUCGUGAAGCAGCUGUCUUUGGGCCUUGUUGAUGACCAGAUUGACAUGUCCCGCUUGAACAAGCAUGCCUUGAACGAUUUGUUGCCCACUCCAGCGAAGAGUCACUACUUGUUCAACCUGCGCGACAUCUGGAAGGUCUUUUUGGGCCUUUGCAGUUUGAGCUCGAAGAAAUCCAACAACGUCCCCACGGUGACCCGUUGCUGGGCCCACGAGAUCCAACGUGUCUUCGGCGACCGCCUUACGGAUGAGCCCGACCUGCAGUGGAUGAAGACGCAAGUGGAUAGUGCGGUGGAGAAGGAUUUGUCGCAAGAUCUCACCAACAUCUUUGACAAGGAGCGGCUCAUUUUCGCCUCCUUCUUGACUCAGGAGGUGGAAAAUCGCACCUAUGAUGAGGUCACCGACAUGCAGGCCAUGAAGACGGCCAUUGAGGAAUACCUCGAGGAAUAUAACCAGGUCUUCUCCAUCAUGAUGCCUCUGGUGAUGUUUCUGGAUGCCUGCGAGCACUGCGCGCGCAUUUGCCGUGUGCUGAGCCAGCCCAAUGGUAAUGUGCUACUCCUAGGAGUAGGCGGAAGUGGCAGACAGAGCUUGACCCGUUUGUCGGCGUACAUGAACGAAGCCGACUGUUUCCAGAUUGAAGUGGCGAAAGGUUAUGGAAUGACUGAAUUCAAAGAUGAUGUCAAGAAAUGCCUGAUGAAGUGCGGCGUGGAAGACAAGGUGCUUGCAACGGGGGUGGAAGUUCAGAUCUUCCUCUUUUGCGACACUCAAAUCGUCAAGGAAGACUUCGUGGAGGCGAUCAACAAUGUGCUCAACAGUGGUGACGUGCCCAAUCUCUACGCCAAUGAAGACUUCGAAGCCAUUUCAUCGUCCUGCCGGCAGUUGUGUCAGUCGAUGGGGAUGCAGCCCACCAAAGCGAAUCUCUUCAGUGCCUAUUUGAGCCGUGUAAAGAAGAACGUCCAUGUUACCUUAGCCUUCUCCCCCGUGGGGGACAGCUUCCGAAAUCGCCUACGAUCCUUCCCAUCAUUGGUCAACUGCUGUACCAUUGAUUGGUUCCACGAGUGGCCGGCCGAAGCGCUGUACUCGGUGGCCAAGCAGCAGAUCACCGGGCAAUCCGUGGAGCUGCCCAAUUUGGAGGGAGCCUUGAAGAUGUUCCAGACCAUCCACAUGAGCGUGGAGACUUCUUCCAAGAAGUUCCUGCAAGCCACCGGCCGCAACGUCUACGUGACGCCCACGUCAUUCCUGGAGCUGCUGACCAGUUUCGUCGGCAUCCUGGCAGACAAGCGCAACCAGGUGGGAAUGCUACAGCAUCGCUACAGCGUGGGUUUGGGAAAGAUUGGUGAUGCAGAAGAGCAAGUGGCAGGGCUUCAACAGAUGCUGGUCGAGAAGAAGCCUGUGCUGGAGAAGACCCAGAAGGAGGUCAGUGAGAUGAUGGUCCUGGAGCUCAGACUGGAAAAACAGACCCCAAUUGCCUAUGACGAGUUUCCCAGUGGAAUCGAGGUGGUGAUCACCAAAGACAAAGCGGAAGCCGAAGAAGUCAGCAAGGCGGUGGCGGCGGAAGAGGCCGCCGCGGCGCUGAAGGCGGAAGAGACGCAAGCCAUUAAGGACGAUGCCCAAAGAGAUCUCGAUGAAGCCUUGCCAGCCUUGGAUCAAGCUGUUGAGUGCUUGAAGAAGCUGAAGAAGGAACACAUCCAAGAGGUGAAAGCUUUAGCCAACCCACCGGCGGGUGUGAGACUGGCCUGCGAGGGUGUGUGCAUCAUGUUCCAAUUGAAACCUGUGAAGAAGAAUGAUCCCAACAAUCCUUCCAAGAAGAUCGAGGACUACUGGGAGACAUCACAGAAGCAGGUCUUGGUGGAUGCGAAGAAACUCCUGGAGGAUCUCAUGGAUUUUGAUAAGGACAAUAUCCCCGACAAGGCCGAGGAAUCCGACCAGCGAGGAAGUGGCCGACAGAAGUGGGGAUAUACUGUCAUCCAGACCAUCACGCCUUAUAUCGAGCGUGAAGAUUUCGAUCCCGCGGCCAUCAAGAAGGCCUCGGUGGCCUGUGAAGCCUUGUGUCUUUGGGUGCGUGCCAUGUACAAGUACCACUUCGUGGCCAAGGCCGUCGAGUCCGGGCCAAAGAGAAAAUUGCUGAAGCAAGCGGAAUCCGAGCUGGCGGAAUGCCAGGAGAAGCUGGAGGCCGCUCAGUCCAGGCUUCGGGAAGUUCAGACGAAGAUUGAAGCCUUGGAGGCGGAGUUCAAUGCAGCUGUGCAGAAGCAGAAGGAGCUCCAAGAUGACAUGAACCUUUGCGAGGUGAAGUUGCAACGAGCGCACAAACUCAUCUGCGGUCUUGGAGGUGAAAAAGCCCGCUGGGGACAAAAUGUGCAGGACUUGAAUGCCCAACUGGGCCUCUUGCCGGGCGACUGUAUCGUGGCCGCUGGCAUGGUCUCCUAUGCUGGACCCUUCACCUCACAGGUGCGUGGAGAGUGUGAGGAGCUCUGGCGCAAGGAGUUGGGGGAGUUGGACAUGCCACACACCAAAGGUUGCAGCAUGUCCACUGUGCUGGGUGAUCCUGUGAAGAUCCAGCAAUGGGUGGUGUGCUCCCUGCCCAACGAUCAGCUGUCCAUUGAGAACGGCAUCAUCAUCGACCGUGCCAGGCGAUGGCCCCUGAUGAUCGAUCCGCAACGACAAGCCAACAAGUACAUCAAGAACAUGGGAAAGGACACCGAAACCGGCAUCGACGUGUGCAAGCUCAGCGAGAAGAAUUUCCUGAGAACAUUGGAGUUGGGCAUCCAGUUUGGAAAGUGGAUCUUGUUGGAGAACAUUGGAAUCAACUUGGACCCAGCCUUGGAGCCGGUUCUGGGACAGCAGAAGAUCAAGGACGGAUCUGGGUAUGUCAUCAAGCUGGGCGACAAGUCGGUGACAUAUACCGAAACCUUCAAGUUCUUCAUGACCACCACACUUCCCAAUCCGCACUACUCGCCUGAAACUUCCGUGAAGGUCACAUUGUUGAACUUUGCCAUCACGCCAAGCGGGCUGGAGGAUCAGAUGUUGGGUAUUGUGGUGGCCAAAGAACGGCCCGACCUGGAAGAAGAGAAGAACAAUUUGGUGGUGCAAAAUGCCAAGAACAACAAAAUUCUCAAAGAUAUCGAGGAUGAUAUCCUGCGGUUGUUGGCGACCAGCGAAGGAGAUGUGCUGGAGGAUGAUACCCUGGUGGACAAGGUCACCGAUUCCAAAGCCGUGUCGGAUGACAUCAACGAGAAGAAGAAGGUGGCUGAGGUGACGGAAAAGAACAUCGACACGGCCCGCGAGAGUUAUCGACCGGUGGCCUUCCGCACUGCAGUGCUGUUCUUUUGCAUUGUGGAACUGACCAACAUCGACCCCAUGUAUCAGUAUAGCCUCCAGUGGUUCCAGAAGCUCUUCACCAUCGCGAUCGACACCUCACCCAAGGCUGAGGACUUGGACGAACGGUUGGGCAUCUUGAAGAGUUUCUUCACCGAACAGCUCUACCAGUCGAUUUGCCGCGGACUUUUUGAGAAGGACAAGACCUUGUUCUCCUUCGCCCUCUGCACCAGCAUUCUGAGAGGUGACAAGAUGAUGGAUGACACGGAGCUACGUUUCCUGCUGGUGGGUCCAACCUCAGACAUGGUCGAGAAGGGUCCUCAUGUACCAGAGGACUGGGUGGGCAAGCAGCGUUGGAAUGAAAUCCUCACGCUGAACACCCUCCCAGCCUUUAGCGGAUUUGCAGACUACUUCGCUACCAACACAGCGGAGUUUAAACGCAUCUACGAUUCGGUGGAGGCGGACAAAGAGCCCCUCCCGGGACCGUGGGAGGAGAAGCUGACGCCCCUGCAGAAGAUUUGCUUCAUUCGAGCCAUGCGCAUUGACUGUUUGAAGGCUGCUCUGAUCACGUUCAUCUCCAAGCAGAUCGGUCAUAAGUUUGUGGAGCCACCCACUUUCGACAUCAGCAAGUCCUUUGCCGAUUCGGUGAACACCACCCCCUUGAUCUUCAUCCUGUCGCCCGGCACGGAUCCGGUCUCCGAUGUCAUCGCCUUCGCAGACAAGCUGGGAAUGCUGAAACGUUUCGAGUCCAUCUCCUUGGGCCAGGGACAAGGUCCCAAGGCCAUGAAACUCAUCGAAACAGCGCAGGGCGGUGGUGGCUGGGUGCUCCUAUCCAACUGCCACCUCAUGGAAUCCUGGAUGCCUUCGCUGGAAGCCAUCGUGGAGCAGUUCAACCCUGAUAACAUGCAGACCAGUUUCCGCCUUUGGCUCACGUCCAUGCCGGCGAAGAGCUUCCCGGUGCAGGUGCUGCAGAACGGCGUCAAAAUGACCAACGAGCCGCCCAGCGGACUGCGAGCCAAUCUGCUUCGCUCCUACUCAGCUUUGACGGAUGAGGUGUUCAAAGAGUCCAACAAGCCAGAGAUUUUCAAGACGCUCCUCUUUGGUUUCUGCUUCUUCCAUGCUGUGGUCCAGGACCGUAGGAAAUUUGGCCCCAUCGGCUGGAACAUUGCUUAUGGCUUCACACCAGAAGAUCUCUUGGUGUGUCGACAGCAGCUGAUGCUCUUCGUGAACCAAUACGACCAGGUGCCCUACAAGGUCUUAAACUUCUUGGGUGCCAAGAUCAACUACGGCGGCCGUGUGACGGACGACAAAGACAAGUUGUUGAUCUCGACCAUCCUGCAGACCUUCAUCUGCCCCGAAUCGGUGGAGCAAAAGGAAGGCUACAAGUAUUCCACCAGUGGCUUGUACUACGCUCCAACGGCUGAGACCAUCGAGGAUUUUGUCACAUACAUCAAAGGCUUGCCGCUCUAUCCGAUGCCUGAGGCAUUUGGUUUGCACGAGAAUUGCAACAUCACCUGCGCCCAAGACGAAGCCUUGAAAUUGCUCACGGGCAUGCAGAGCAUGGUCUCCCUGAACGCCGGCGGUGGCGAGGGUGGCUCUGCUGAUACGGUCAUGGACGAUACGGCCGCAUCUAUUCAAGACCGCUUGCCCAAACCUUUCCCGCUGGAUGUUUGUGAAACCAAAUUCCCCACGAGGUAUGACGAGUCCAUGAAUACCGUGGUGAAGCAGGAAUGCUUGCGAUACAACAAGUUGCUGUGGUCCAUGGCGUCCUCCUUGAAGGAUUUCCGGAAGGCCAUCAAAGGUCUCAUCGUGAUGACGGCGGAGUUGGAGGCGGCUGGAAAGUCGCUCUUCGUCAACGAAGUGCCGGAGAUGUGGUCGAAGAAGGGCCCCCUCUCCUUGAAGCCCUUGAGCGCUUGGUACUUGGACAUCCUGGAACGUGUGAGGUUCUUCCAGAUGUGGUUUGAUCUGGGGAAAGCGCCACCAUGCUUUUGGGUCAGCGGCAUUUUCUUCCCUCAAGCCUUCUUCACUGGAGCCAUGCAGAACUUCGCGCGGAAGUACGGCGAAGAGAUCGACUUGCUGAGCUUUUCGCAUCGCACCAUGGAUCACAUCUCGGAUGCACCGGCGCAGCUCACCACCCCGCCGGACGAUGGAGUCUACGUCUAUGGCAUCUUUUUGGAGGGUGCACGCUUCGAUUGCACCAGCCAUAAGCUGGAGGAUUCCAGGCCGAAAGAACUCUUUACAGAUAUGCCCCCAUUGCAAUUCUUACCCAUCAAGAACCGCGUGCCAAAUGCCUCGGACUACCGCUGCCCCUGCUACAAGGUGGUGUCCCGCAAGGGGACCUUGCUGACCACUGGGCACUCCACGAAUUUCGUGCUUUAUAUCGAAGUUCCUACGGACAAAGUUGUGGACAAGUGGAUCAAAGCAGGUGUUGCAGCUUUCCUGGCACUGAAAUAUUAGAGACCGUUCGGAAUGUAGCAAUAGCAGUCGCACUAGGGACGUUGCUGGUAAUCCAUGACGUUUCGUUUCACACCCGGAUGGGGACCACAAGCUG